AUGGGACUGAUUGUUGCACCGGGCUUAAUCGAUAUGCAUGUCCAUCUCCGUGAACCGGGGUUCGAGCAUAAAGAGACGAUUGCUACUGGCACGGCGGCAGCAGCAGCAGGCGGAUUCACAUCUGUUGCUUGUAUGGCAAACACGUCGCCAGUGAUAGAUACACCCGAAAAGAUUGAACAAGUUUACGACAUUGCGCGCGAGACGGCAAAGACAAAUAUGUUUCCGUUUGGUAGUAUUACCAAAGAUCUUGCCGGUGAAGAACUUACUGAUAUGCGUGGGAUGCGUUCCGCAGGCGCAGUCGGUUUCAGCGAUGAUGGCGUUACCGUCAUGAACGCCGCACUCAUGCGCGACGCACUCGCCUUGAGUGCAGAACUCGGUUUUCCGAUUAUGGUUCACUGCGAAGAGCAUAAUCUCAACGCCGGUGCUGUCAUGAAUCUGGGAGAGACCUCCCGAAAACUGGGGCUUAUCGGUAGUCCGAACGCUGCAGAGGACAUCAUCGUCGCACGCGACAUUAUAUUAGCAGAGAUGACAGGCGGACACCUCCAUGUACUCCAUGUCAGCACUGCGGGUGCUGUCGCUUUGAUACGUCAAGCAAAAAAACGGGGGGUUCAUGUGACUGCGGAGGCAUGUCCACACCACUGGAUCCUUACCGAUACAGAGGUAGAGAAACAGGGGACGAAUGCCAAGAUGCAUCCACCCCUCCGCACACAGACAGAUAUUGAUGCGAUCAUUGAAGGUUUGUGCGAUGGAACAAUUGACGCAAUCGCGACCGAUCACGCACCGCACGCGCCCUCGGAAAAGGCACAAGGUAUGCUUGACGCGCCUAACGGCAUUAUCGGUUUAGAGACCUGCCUACCACUUGUGUUUACAUAUCUCGUGCAACCGGAACACCUCACAUUGGGAGAGGCGAUUGCAAAGAUGACUGCUAUUCCGGCGAAUAUACUCGGCAUUGAUCGGGGGACACUCUCCGUUGGUGCUGUCGGAGAUGUUACUGUCAUUGAUGUUGACCCGGUUCAUCCGGUCGACGUAACAAAAUCUCGUUCAAAAAGUCAAAACACACCUUUCGCAGGAUGGGAACUUAAAGGGUCCGGUGCGAUUAUCAUCGGACAGGCGUGCGAGUUCGAUUACUCCGGAACGCAGGCGUGUAAGGCACUCAGGGAGGAAGGGUAUGAGAUUACCCUUGUCAACAGCAACCCCGCCACCAUCAUGACCGAUCCGGAUUUCGCUGACCAGACCUACAUUGAACCGAUCACAGCGGAUACGGUGGAACUUAUCAUCGACAAGGAGCGUCCAGAUGCCUUGCUACCGACGCUCGGUGGCCAAACCGCUUUGAACGUGUCUGUCGAACUCGCGGAAUCCGGUGUAUUAGAUAAGUACAGUGUUGAGCUUAUUGGUGCGAAAUUGCCUGCCAUCCAAAAGGCUGAGGACCGCGCGCUCUUCAAAGAAGCGAUGACGAAAAUCGGGUUGGAGGUUCCUGAGAGUGGCAUCGCGCACACUGUGCCAGAAGCACUUGCCCUUGUCCAAGAGAUAGGAUUUCCGGCGAUUAUCCGUCCAGCAUUUACACUCGGCGGCACUGGUGGCGGUAUCGCUUACAAUAUCGAAGAAUACGAAAAAAUGGUCACGGCAGGCCUCGUCCUCAGUCCAAUCAGUGAAUUGCUCAUUGAAAAGUCCGUCAUCGGAUGGAAGGAAUUUGAACUUGAGGUGAUGCGGGAUGGUGCGGACAACGUCGUUAUCAUCUGUUCCAUUGAAAAUGUCGAUGCCAUGGGAGUCCAUACCGGCGAUAGCAUUACCGUCGCGCCUAUCCAAACAUUAACGGAUAAAGAAUAUCAGCUGAUGCGUAAUUCGGCGAUUAAGAUCAUCCGCGAGAUUGGUGUUGAUACAGGCGGCUCCAACAUCCAAUUUGCUGUUAAUCCGAAGACGGGUAAACAAGUUGUCAUUGAAAUGAACCCGCGUGUCUCCCGUAGUUCCGCGCUUGCCUCAAAAGCCACAGGGUUUCCUAUCGCCAAAAUCGCAGCAAAACUUGCUGUCGGUUACAAUUUAGAUGAAAUUCCGAACGACAUCACCGCUAAAACACCCGCCUGCUUUGAACCAACAAUUGAUUACGUCGUUGUCAAAAUCCCACGCUGGGCGUUUGAAAAGUUCCAAGGCACCGAUGAAACACUCACAACACAGAUGAAAUCCGUCGGUGAAGCGAUGGCUAUCGGCAGGACCUUUAAAGAAGCAUUACAGAAAGGACUGAGAUCUUUAGAGAACGGGUGGCACGGAUUGGAUAACCAUCCACUUGAUGAACUCCCUCUGUCUGAACUUCCGAGCAAACUGAGUAUUCCUAACGUCAAACGAAUCUUUUAUAUCAAAGCCGCCCUCACACGUGGGAUGAGCAUUGAAGAAAUUCAUGCCUACACGCAUAUCGACCCGUUUUUCCUCUACAAUUUGAAGGAAAUCGUUGACUUUGAAAAGGUUUUGUCCCAACCCGAUGCGCGACAACAUAUAGGACAGCAUUUGCAAGGCUCUGCUCCAAAUAACGUGUCCCUAAACGGUGAACCUGAGGGUACUAACGCAAAAAAACUCAUACAACAAGCAAAACAAUUCGGAUUUUCCGACCGCCAGUUAGGCGACAUCUACGAGGUAUCCGAAGAAGCCAUCCGCAAAUGUCGAAAAAAACUCGGGAUUGAAGUAACUUUCAAAACCGUUGACACCUGUGCCGCAGAAUUUGAGGCAGAAACCCCAUACUAUUACUCUACCUGUUCCAGCGAAGAUGAGGUGCGUCCCUCCGAUAAGCCAAAAAUCAUGAUUCUCGGUGGUGGUCCGAACCGUAUCGGGCAGGGCAUUGAAUUUGAUUACUGCUGUGUCCAUGCUGCCCUCGCACUCAAAACCGAUGGCUAUGAAACCAUUAUGGUGAACAGCAACCCUGAAACCGUUAGCACUGAUUACGACACCUCCGAUCGACUCUAUUUUGAACCGUUGACGCGUGAAGAUGUUCUGAAUAUCUACCAUAAAGAGAACCGAUCGGGGUCAUUGUUCAGUUUGGCGGGCAGACACCGCUAA